UGAGAGAGAGGCAGCGCAUCAGCAGCGGAACUCGAGAGUGAUUCGCCCCUCUAAUACUGUAGACGGAAAAGAAGCAAAAUACAAAUGACGUGUGACAAAUAUUCCGAGUCUAUCAAAUUAUGGCACUAGUUUUUCUUCCAUCGCGAAGGGAAGUAAGCGAUUGAGCGAGCGAUUCCAGUCUUGUCGACACGUCGCCUCCUCUCCCUCCUCGCGGCGGUCUCCUCAUCCUCCACCUCCGCCGCCGCCGCCAUGUCGGAGCACCUCGCGCUCCGUAGCUCCGUGGGCAGCCGCAGUUCCGCGCUCCCCUCCCACCACCACCUCCCGCCCGCCCCCGACCCGCUCGCCUCCGUCUGGAUCCGCCGCCUCCACCUCACCCCCAACCCGCCUCCCCCGCCGCGCCCCCCUCCCCUGUCCCUCCGCGCGCCCCCGCCCCCUCACCAGGACAACGCCGUCUCCACCGACGAGUCCCGCACCCCGCCACCCCCGCCGGCGGCCCCGCCGCGCUGCGUCGGGUUCGGCCCCUUCCGCUGGAGCCCCCGCCCGCUGCGUGGCGCCCCGGUCGCCGCGUGGGCCGCCGCUGGGGCCUCUGGUGGCGGUGGUGGCGCGCCGAUGCUGUCGCCGUUCUUCCGGCUCCCCGCGCCGCCGCUGCCGCCGGUCUCGGAUCUCGGGGAGGUCGCGCCCGUGAGGCCGCUGGUGGGGCUUGGCAGCCGGAGCGGCAGCGGCAGCGGCAGCGGCGGGUAUUCUGGUCUGUCGGCGCGGGUGUUCGGCGGCGGCGACUCCCACGCCGCAUGGCUGACAGCGAGAGCUGCAGGUGCUGCUUAUCCUAGCCAUGCUUUGGACAUGGUUCCCAUAAGAACACUUAAUGAUCUACAUGAUAGACAACAUAAUGUGAUACUGCAAAAUUUUGCAAGGCAUGAUCCUAGCUCUAGCAGCCAACUUGAUGAACCUUUCUCAUAUUGGAACAUGGGGAGGUUUCGGAGAAACACCACGACUUCGUCAAUCUCACCUAUUGGGGUUGCGCCUGGCAAUUUUGGCAAGAAGAGGAAUGCUGAUUCCAAUAGUUUUCUCCCUCUGAAGUUCAGGAAAUUUAGUGGGGCUAUUUAAUUCUAGCUCGCUAAAACAACUGGUCAGCGGUUUUCCGAAAUGCAUAAGAAGCAUCGAUAGUAUGCUGUUGUCUGGAACAGCAUUUUGUCACGCUUCACCAUGUUAGAGCUUAAGAAGGCUGGAGAUGGAUGUGUUUGGUGGUGGCCGUGUAAAUUGCGAAUUUGCUCCCGAAGCGUCGCGUUUGGCAUCCCUCGAACCACGAACCUGAAUGUUUGUAUAAUCUGGUGCAGUGUACAGGGAGAUUUUAUGCGCCACAGUUUCCCUGAUGCUUGUAUAUCUCGACAGACCGACUUGCAUGUAUAGUUUUCCUUCCAAGGAUUAUGUUUUUUGUUUGCUCUCA